AGUACGACACGUGCAUCCUCCGAGCCGCCGAGCGAGCCAUUUCCGACCACCGUCUAGAGCAGAGUAGAGAUCUCAGGGGAAGGUCGAUCGAAGAUGUAUCUCCGGCCGCCGCCCAAGGGCCCCCAGUGGGGCGGACCGGCAGACACGGAGGCGGGGUUUGAGGCCCGGCCACUGUACCCGAUGAUGCUGGAGAGCCCGCAGCUGCGUUGGGCGUUCGUCCGGAAGGUGUACACCAUCCUCUCCAUCCAGAUGCUGCUCACCAUCGCCGUCGCCUCCGUCGUCGUCUUCGUGCGCCCCGUCGCUCUCUUCUUCGUCUCCUCCCCCGGCGGCUUCGGCCUCUACAUCUUCAUCAUCAUCCUCCCAUUCAUCGUGCUGUGUCCCCUGUACUACUACUACCAGCGCCACCCGGUGAACCUGCUGCUGCUGGGCCUCUUCACGGUGGCCAUCAGCUUCGCCGUGGGCCUCACCUGCGCCUUCACCAAGGGGGAGGUCAUCCUGGAGUCGGCCAUCCUCACGGCGGUGGUGGUCGUGAGCCUGACGGCGUACACCUUCUGGGCGGCCAGGCGCGGCCACGACUUCAACUUCCUCGGCCCGUUCCUCUUCGCCGCCAUCAUGAUCCUCAUGGUCUUCGCGCUCAUCCAGCUCUUCUUCCCGCUCGGCCGCAUCUCCCUCAUGGUCUACGGCGGUUUGGCGGCGCUCAUCUUCUGCGGAUACAUCAUCUACGACACCGACAACCUCAUCAAGCGCUACUCCUACGACGAGUACGUCUGGGCCGCCGUCGCGCUCUACCUUGACGUCAUCAACCUCUUCCUCUCCCUCCUCACGCUAUUCAGGGCGGCCGAUUCCUAAAGUGUCCUGCCGUCC